CGUUUUGUCAGGUUAUUUUUAGUACCUUUCAAUGCUCUUGUCAGCCGGCCGUAAUUUUGUUCGUGUUUUCAGUUCGCGCUCCAUUGCAACUUGUGGUGCUAGAAUGGCGAGCGAAGUGGAAAAAGCCCAGUCGGCAGCCGCCAGUGAGGAUACAAUCUUCGGCAAGAUUUUGCGCAAGGAGAUUCCAUGCAAGUUUAUCCACGAAGAUGAUAAGUGUGUGGCCUUCCAUGAUGUGGCUCCGCAGGCACCAACCCACUUUCUGGUGAUCCCACGGAAACCGAUUGCCCAACUCUCGCUGGCCGAGGACUCCGAUGCCGACAUCUUGGGACAUCUCAUGCUGGUUGGUCGUAAGGUAGCCAAGGACUUGGGCCUCGAGGAGGGCUACCGUGUGGUAAUCAACAAUGGCAAACACGGCGCUCAGUCUGUUUACCACUUGCAUUUGCACUUCCUCGGCGGUCGCCAGAUGAAGUGGCCGCCUGGCUAAGAUCCUCUGGCAGCUUAUCGCCUGGAGAUCCGAUCUUGGGGACACAAUGAACUCUUAAAAGAUUUAUCUAAAUAAAUAUAAAAAACAAAACAGUCA